GUGAGUAAAAUGUAUGAUAUGGUAUAUCUAUUAAAAAUUUUAAUUUGCUACAGGUAUGGAGAAUACUAGUAAAAUUUUGAUGUCAACAUUUUCUUAACACAAACAAUGUGUACACUUCUGAAGACGUUUAAUUUCUUUAUAGAUACUAGAAAUAACCUAAAAACAUAUCCAAACUAUAGUAGGUAUAUUGUUUUGUUGAUAGCAAAAAGAAAGAGUUACAUUUCAUCUAGCUCGAAUAAACUAACUCAAAGUUCAGCUCUAAGAAUGCAAAAGUGCUUUUGAAGGAUGUUUUUCUAUUGCUGGAUGUUAAAUAGAUCCAGCCAUGCCAUUGACCAUAAACGUUCAGGUAAAGUUUCUGAUAUUUUGGUUCUUCUAUUAGAUGUCCGAAUUGUUGUCGAGAAAGUUACAUAACAUCAUUAUGAGCAAACCGUUCUCGGAACAGAUUUUGAACCGUUGGAUAUGCUUUUAUCUGUGCAGCAUUUGUCAUUCGGAUUAAAUGUUUUAUGCAUGAAACUAGCAACUGAAAAGAUGUUCAUGUUUUAAAACUGAUUUUGUAACAUAUGGUUUUUAAUUAAACUGACAACAAAGAUGAUUUCGCUUCGAACCAUGAAAAGAAGCUUGCUAUUAUCAAGAGAAUGGUAACAUUAAGAAUUCUUUAGCAAAAACAGAUUUAUGGUAGAACGUAAAUCUCUCACCUGGAAGAACGAGAGGUCGAGAAAGAUUUGGUAGCUUCUUGUUGUGUAGUACUAUUCCAGCUAGAUCUCUACGAAUUGAGAGUUAAUCUUAUAAACAGAGUGGAAAAUAGGAGCAACGGACAGAAGAAAUAAUAACAACGGUUGACUGCAAUUAAUGCUUUUGGAGGCCUUCAAAACACCCAGGUUUCAGAAUUGUCUAAAAGACACCGGUUUUUCGAACAUUCACAAAAUGCAGUGGCGGAAAUUGCGCUGGUGUGGGGGCAUUGUUUUUGUAGGCGUUGCGCCCCCAUCUGAAAACGAAUUUUCGCUACUGACAAAAUGUGAAGACCUACGAACUACUGCUGGGUGAUUAUUAAAGAAGUAACAUAUCUGACAAAGUCACUGAAAUUUGAAAACAGAUAGCCACUUCAGCAGAAAGGAGACACAAUCAAGUAGAUCGCUUUAGAGCUCUUUAGAAUACGAGUCUAUGUUUUAUGUGUUAUUUUGGAAAGAAAAAGAGUCGAUAAAGUCGGUUUGAAAAUUGGUAGUAUAAUUCGUGGUAUAAUAGACAAAUAGACAUCCGUUACGCUCGGAGCAAACCAAAAGCCAGUAUGCUUUCUCAAUGCAUGACUGAAAAAUUAAAUUUGAUGAAAUCAAUAAAACAAAUCAUUUUGUGAGUAGAAAUGACUAGCAACAAUUCGCCUCCGCGGAAACUUGCUUUUAGUUAAGGUUAAACCCUAAAGGUAAAAGAUUUUUAAGGUUAAAUCCUAAAACAUAUUCGCCAAAAGGUCACUACAAAGGGUAGAGCAGAAAAGAAAUGGUUAAGUAGAAAUUGUUUCUGGUUUAGGCAAAUGAACAUCAGUUGAAAAAUAAGUUUGUAUUAGAGAAACGGCAGUUGGAGGAGCCUAGGUCAAUUACGAUAAGAGUUUUUCAGGCCUCAAUUGCCUCAACAGUUUGGAUAUAGUUGCUUGAAUCUCCAAUAGGAAUUCAUUUAUUCUCUAAUUUGAACGUAAUUAGUUGGGAAUUGUCUAGUUUCCAUACUUUUAGACCUGAUAGUUAUAAAUAAGCAUGAUUAAUAGUUAUAAAGUAGCAUGAUUAAUUAUUUCAAGUAAAGGAUUAGGGUUAGGGUUAGGGUUAGGAUUGGGGUAAACUAUUUACGUCAUCAGGUCGAGCAGUUUGGAAACUAGACAGCUCCAAUUAGUUGCACUAUGUACAGGAAGCCUCGGUGCGGAGAGGAGGCGACCAAUAAGCUCGCUUCACAUAACCAGAGUCAAUAUUGAUAACUGAUGAAAUAAAUGAUGCUCGAAAAAAUCUUUUGUGGUUUUCAAUCCAUCUGCUGCUUCUGUUUUCCCCUACUUGAAGAAAUUCCCUUGAGGCACAACAUAGCAAGGUAUCCUUACCAUGGGAAAAACUUGGUCCAAAGCAUGCAAGACUUCUUUUGUUCCAAUUGGGUGACGGAUUGAAGUUGAAUGUUUAGCGUUAACAGUGUUUAUUUGGGGCUAAACUUCUUGAAACAAUUUAUUAGCUACCAAAGGAUUUAACUUGAAGAAUGAAAUCAAAAAUUGCCGUUUUAUAAGAUUUCUAAAUCGACGGAUACUUUGAAUAUGAAUAUUACACACGGCAAGCGAGCAAAAAGUUUUAUUGAAUUAUUCUCUGUUUAUCAGAUGAGCAGAAAAAUAAUUAUCGCUCACUUGAACUUUGGAAGCAGUUGCUCAAAAUGAUCCCGUUGGUGAGGAAUUUGGUGUGCUUGGUACUUUGCCUAAGGGAAAUCCGUACAGCUUAAUUCGCCUGAUGUUUUUAUGAAUUCCGACUCCAGUCUGAUUUGCAGCUGCAAUUUCUCGCCCGUUUGGCUCAUCUGUCUCGAUUCCAGUAGGAGGUUAAUCUUUAACAACUUAGGCCGCAACUGUUUUAAUUCAUAAACAAACAGUAAGUCUUGUUUUUAAGGACAAGGCCACAGGUUCAAGUUAGCCAACGUCUACUACAUGCAAUUAUUGCCUGGAGCUAAAUUAUCGAGCUAGUACUCAGUGAAAGGAAAUAAUAGGCUUAAUAUUCGACUGACAAUCCAAUUGUUACUGUGCUCAAAAUGCGACAAAUGACAGACCGUAUAGAAUCAGCCAAGGAUAUGACGCAUAUUUCUGCAUUAAUAAACCUAUUUUGUAACUAAUUUUCUGUAAAUUUUAGCGAAAUUAAAUGUGCGAAGUUCUUAAAAAGUUUCUCCAAAUUCGGGGUACCAUGAUGAGGAAGAAUUUAGCUUCAAUUUCAUGAAUUAGCUUAAUAAAAUCAUUCAAAACUAGCUAAAUCAGCUAAACUUGACUGUAUCGCAAAUUUUCUGAUGAAAGAAAAGAAAGCGGCAUCAUUUUUUACUUUGAAACACAGAAGCAAGCAUCAAUUUAAUCAAUAUUUCUUUGUCAGUCUUGUAAGUUGUUAAGCUGCUCGGAAGUCCAAGCACUGAUUUUUUUAUAAAAAGAACAAGGGGGAGUUUGUAUAUUAAAAACAACCUAUUUAUUUACGCUACACCCUUGAUCGGCAUAAGUUUAGGAGCGCAAAGUAUUGAUUUUGCAAGUCAUAAUGCUACAAAGUUUGAGGGCAGCCAAUCUAUAGCUUUAAACCAUAGAUAUACUUGGAUACAUUGUCUCUUUUCUUGCAAGGGUACAUAUAGCAUUUAUAAACGCAUUUCUCAUCAAGCUGCACCCCAGACCCCUUUCUUACCCCAUAUUGCUUGGUACAUGCUUAUCAUCGGCUUAUCACAAGAGUGAUCUUCGUCUCAGUCUUGUUGCUUGGCAACGGGAACAGCUUCGUGACCUGAGAGAGAAAGAUACUUCAAAAUGUGAAGCAAAAGAAACAUCAUCGUUUUAAUUUGUUCUAUGUCUUUUUUACCUUGUUUAUUUUUCGGCUUUGUCAUUUUUGAAUUGCAAAUAAAUGUUUAUGUCCAAACGCCAUCUUUAACUAGGCCGUCACUUCUUUCAACAAUGUAAACAGGUUGCUUGUAAAAAUGCUCUAAUUGUUCGUUUCUCACAGGAAAGAGAAACGAGGCACCAAGUUUAUAAUGAAAAACGUAUUACUUGCUACAUUUGAGCAUUGAAUAUAUAUUCCAAGGUGAUACAAUACUAUUUAGUCGCUGGGUCACAAGACGUUCUUGUCAAAAAACGCAACUUCGUGAAGAAAAACUUUACUCUAUUGUUUCAACAUAUGACACGCUCGGGAACUUGUAAAUACACAAGUAAAAUGUGGCGAACAAAAGAACCGUUUCACGGAUAUAUUUAUAAACUGAAUUUACCGACACUUUUUAUUGAUUGACUGGUGUCAGUCGGUCUUUCUAUCAAUCUUCUGACGGGGUGUUCUACAGCCUCUGUAGGAAUUAUGACGUCAUCUUGGCUUACUUUGUCAAAUUGAGAAAAGCCUGGUUUGAAACUUUUCCCUGUAAAACAUAACGCAAAUUGGAAAUAUAAAUGAACCUGCACUAUAAUUAACUCAUUUAUAUUAUUUCUCUACCCAGACAGAAUACACUGAAUUCGACAACGAUUUGAAUUAACUGCCGUAUUAUUUAAUAGGAAAAAGGCUUGGAAAUGUUUAAAUCCUCUUCAAAAAAAUUUUGGGGGAACAGUUUCAAGUGAGUUUUGAAGGACAAAAAGCUUUGAUAUAAGCCAUGCACAAGUCAGUUCAAGAGGGAAGGAAAAAGGGUUUCAAUUCCUUUGAGAAACAUUACAAAAACUACCCUUUGAUCUUCUGGAGCUAUGAAGUCAAGGGAACUGGGACAAAUGUAUGUGUUUCCCAUGAAGGCAAUAGUUGAUCCGUCCAUUAUAAGCUUUGAUAAGCGUGUAACAACGUCUAAUUUUAUUUUGAUAGUUAGUAGAGUAUCAUAUCGAAGACGAGGCUAUCGUGAUGAUAAUUAAUUAAGUCGGGAACUUCAAAGGCCUACCAGGAUUAAAUGGUGAAUUUUCAGAGUUUACAAUCAUAAAUUCCGUUUCUACUUCCGAAUUAUAAUUCUUUUAUAGGUUUGUUUACGAGUUGAAUAAUUAUCAAAACUGCAAACAAUCGCUAGUGUUGAAUAUCGGGCCUAACAUCAUACUUAUGUCGAAAUAUCUAAUCGCUAUGGCAACUACUUAAAAUGCCAGUAAAACGAACAGGGCCGCAAAACAAAGAAUUCAAUGCGAACGGUGCUAUCAAUGGUGCAUAUAAUAUAAAAAUAUUUAAGCGCCAGCUUCCCUGUGCUAGGAAACGCAAGCUGCAGCAUGUGUCUUUAAUUGUAUACCCUCUUCACCGCUACAUCACCUUUGAUUCGCUCUUGAUAUAAAAAUUGGAUAAUGGCUGCUUUGUCAUUAUGUUUGAAUGGUAUUACAAAACUCAUCAACACCAGCCUAGCCAUUCGCAUACUUAAGCAAUAAUUUGACUCCAAGAGUUAUCUAACUGAGGUUAAGGUUUCUCUAAGAAGGGCAAGAGGUGAAUAUAACCAGAGAUUAUUAUGGAGAGGUACAUUUAUUCAGCCAGCUGCAAUGAUGAAUGCAAAUUAUGCCGCAGUGAAAAGGAUCAGUGUCCAUACGAUGCUAGACGUCCGGCCUGCUUCCCUCCUAAAGUCGAGUCAAGGAUGCAAUGGGGCUCUCCAUGCACAUGCACAGCAUCAAGACGUUGUACUUCGCCACUUGAAAAUGUCAGAAGGAACACAAUAUUGCAAACGCGGACGCAGCUAGAGACGAUAAUGAACGAAAUGUCAGCUUGCUGUCCUAUUCGGGCUGCCUUCAUCCCACCGCAUCAGCCUUGUCGUCAAGAGAUCUGGAUGAGUCAGAUGCGACUGCGCUACGCUUUCAAACCUGUCUACAAAGAACAGAUGUCGAGCAUGAAAGAUGCAGUCAAGCCAAAGAGAUUUCAGUGCAUGUAUUGCGAAAAGUCGUUCGGAAAGUCUUCUCAUUUAAGAGAUCAUGUUCGAACACACACAGGAGAAAGGCCAUUUAGAUGCAGCUGGUGCAACAAAGCAUUCACUCAGUAUUCGAAUCUCAGAACGCACACGCGCAUUCACACAGGAGAGAAGCCAUAUUCCUGCAAGUUUUGUCUUAAAAGCUUCACACAAGCUGUUACAUUAAGAAGUCACUUACGCACACAUAGUAAUGAGGAGCAGGCUGAUUCCCCAAAGCAAUAACAUUUAACCAGCUCGUCUCUUCAUUGAGAAUAAGCCAAAUGGGUCCUACACAGAAACUCAGACCAGAAAACAUAUACAAAUGUUAAAUGGGUAUAUAUAUAACCGCUGCCUAAUACCAAUAAGGUCCAGUCAAUAUUAUACUCCAAAGUUAGCCAUUCACUUUGUUUUGCCUGCAAACAGUGCACCUCUUGUAAAAAUAAUUGAAAAUAUUGUACAUAGUUGCUAAGAUGGUAUUAUCAGAGUAAACAGUAAUAAAGAAGAAUCUUCAUGUUACUUGGUUGCAGUUAAAUUGGAAGAGAGAAUUGAAAAAUAUAGAGAAGAAUGGAUUGAACAUUAAACCAGAUAGGAAAGAAUGGGUCGUAACCAUGAACAUGACGGGAUAUACAAGAAAUAUGGAAGUAGCAAUACAUCACAUGUCCAAACGUUUAAUCUUCGAGAGGCUUUGACUAACGAAAUCUGUGAUAUUCUGUACAAACUGAAUGUUGGAUUAAUGAUUGACAGGUAACCUACAAAAUUAAUCACGUGGAUCAAGUUCAUCGUCCAAUCAUUCGUUAUUGAUUCCAAUUAACUGGUUCAAAUGUAAAAAAACAAUCAGCCGUGUAGACGAAUCAUAAAUAAUUCUUUAUAACUAUAUAUAAAUAUGCAGAUAUGUAAAUUUUUAAAAAGCUUUCAUGUACAUUAUUCCCUUUUAAACACCGAGAAUCACAAACAAUAUUGACGAUUCUUCUUGACAUUGUUUCUUUAUAAAAAUUAAAGUUUUUCACCAUGGUUACAAGCAUUUGACCCAGGGUCACCGCGUUAUUGGCAAUAGGAAGAAAGUGUAAGGAGUCAUACAAAACCAUUCAUUGAUGUUCUAAGAAUUUAGCAAAUUUACUCGUGUACCACCCAAAGUAUGCCUCUCCAAUGAAAGCUGUUAAAUGAGUUUCUCGAUUUUUCAUGGAAUUGUGUAGGUACUCAAGAUUAUUGCUCGAGAUUGAAGAAAGAAAAAUAUAUCUAUUGCACAUAGAAACUUGUUAUAGCAGUUACUUACACGUUCAGCAAGGGCCACAAUCUAUUUAACAGCACAGGGCAUGACUUCAAGUAACUAUAAAAGACUGAAUUUCUUAUAAAAAUGAGUGGACUUGGAUUAAUGCCACUGAACAACCAAUUCAAACGGAUGCUAAGUCAUUCACUUUGUUUAUUCCUUCUCACAACAGCUUCUUCUACUUUAUUAAGAAAGCUGCUACGUUAAUACUUUGUCAACAAACAGACAAUCAUAAAAAAGGUUCGUAUGACGAAUUUUUGAAGCUUGCUGCUGUUGAGUGUACAUUGGACUAUUUUACAGUUCACCUCUAUUCAUUUGCAAGGGUCACGUUAUCUUUAAUGUGUAAUUGCAUUGCCUGACCAGAUAUAAACAUUUGAAUAGCUUAUUUCUCUAAUGCUAAGAAUGAGUGAUAAAUCCUGUGAUGUUCUCAAAUGCUGACUAAGGUCUUUUGCCUGAAAAAAAAGAUGGAAGAAAAUGGGAAGGUAGUUUCUCAAAUGACGCAUUGUGUGUUCACAAAAUAACAUGCAAGCAAUGAUUCCCUAUUGAAACUGUUCUUUGGGAGAAAAAUAUCGUUUAUGAGGAAAGCCACAUUAUCAUCUUCUCGACAAGUUCUAGUGCCUGAUUUGAAACAAAAAGUUCGGAGGCGAAGAAAAAGAUAUCAGAGAUUUAUUAAGCUAACAGUACAUUGUCAACAAACAAAUUGCAGAAAUCCAGUGCAUUUCAAACGCGAGAGGCAAGUAAACAAUUUUUAACUGGGUAAGAGCAAAUGUAAAGCUAUAAGAUUAUUUGAAUAUAAAUGUAUGGAUAAAAGAAUAGCGAUUUUGGAGAGAGAUUAUGGGAUUAGAAAGGUCAGACGUUGUGUCUAGCCUGAGGGUCAAUAGGUACGUUUAGUUGAAAUAAGGAUAUUUUUCUUUUGAUUCAUAAUAAAAGCCAGAUACGAUACUAACAGGGAAGACUAGAUGUGGGAUUUUCUAAUUUUUAAGGCCACGCCUUCGUUUAUCAAGAGACUUUCUCAUCCAACGACAGGACCCGUUGGCGUUUUUCACAAAAAGGAUCACUUAUAAUGUAUUUAAACUUAUAAUGAACCUUGGUUAAAUCUUAACCCAGUUCCUAGGGGAGUAUGCAGCAAAAUGGAACUGGUUGGGUCCAUGCCCUUCAAACUCUUGGCAAAUGUUGGCUACUCCCGUUGUGGGUCAAAAUCAGUGGUGGUUCAGAAAGGGCCUAGGCAUCCCGUGCAGUAGUGAAGGAGAGGGAAUAGGUAAUUGUUAAGCCUAAUUCUUUCAGAAAAAAAAAUAUCUCAAGAUGAUGAUUGGGUGACUUUUUUGCGCAAAUUAUCUGCUAAUUUAAAACUAAACAUUUGAAUUUGUGAAUUUCUUGUGAAUUUAGAAAAUGAUUCAGAGUGAGUAAAAUUAGGUAGUCUGCGCCCAGGAUGAGCUUUGGCAUCGUUGGAGCGGUGAUGGGCGGUGAUGGGAAAUAGGUAGUGUUUCACUGCAGAUAGAGUCGGGCGAAAGACUUUUCUCCGGAACAACAGUGUUUCGAGAAGAAAUCUUGUCAGGUUAAGCUCAAAAUGGAAGCAGGUGAUUGGCCAAUAAUUUUUGCAAACAAACCCGCUGAUUGGUUUAGAACAAAAUGUGCUCUUGUUAUUGCACCCGCCAAUAUCAGUACCCUUUGAUGUAUUCUUCAGCAAACAACAAAACAGAAUGCUAAGUACGCAUAUGAUAUGAACAUCUUGUUUCUGAUGAAAGAUUCAGUUUCUAAAUGCAUAUUCAAUUAGUUGAAAAAUAUGCUUGUGGAUCUCAAGGUCAAGAAAAGCUCCUUGCUUUGUUUGCUGUUAUGUUAGUAUUGCUGUGUUUUUCAGAACUGAGACCUUUUUCAUCCUUGCCAAGGAUACGAAUAAAUAGUGCAAUAUUAGGCUUGAAAACACAUUAGGUCAUUCAACGCCUCUUCUCUGCAUCGAGGCACGCUGUACAUUGCAUUGCUAAUUACGUUUUUUAAACGUAGCAACCGUAAAGUGAGGCAAUAGCGAAACAGAGGCUCGUAGAUUAAGUCUAUUAUGUUCUCACCAGAGAUGUAUUCCAAUUGGAAAUU